AUGGAGGAUGUCGGGCUAGACCGCAAGCUGGUGAUCAUCGGCCCCACAGACGUGGGUAAGACUUCCAUCACCAUGCGCUACUGCCACGGGAGCUUCUCCACGCCCACUUCAGCCACGAUUGGGGCCUCAUUUUUGCAGAAGCGCGUGAUCGUUGGAGAUGACUCGGGUACUCGGAGGAAACUGACGCUUCAGAUAUGGGAUACAGCUGGCCAGGAGCGCUUCCGCUCCAUGGCGCCUAUGUACUAUCGCAACGCUAAGGCGGCUAUACUAGUUUUUGACCUCCAGAGUGAGGCCAGCUUUGAAAAGAUUAAGGAGUGGCUCCAAGAUCUGCAGCAUCAUGUGGGUGAUGACAUAGUUUUAGCUGUGGUGGGCAACAAGAGUGACGUGACGUCCAACUUCGACUUUGCCAAAGCCCAACAGUUUGCUGAUGAGAUCGGUGCGCUGGUGUUUCGUACGAGCGCCAAGACGGGCGAAGGAGUGCAGUCGCUGUUUGAGAGUCUGGCGGUGCAGCUGCUUAAGAAGCACGAUCAGGAGCAGCGAAGACGAGGACGUGACGGGUCCAGAGCGGGCAGUGCGGCGGGUGCCGGUUCGUACGGUUAUGGAGGCCAAAGCCCCGUGAUUUUGAGUCACACCAACACCACAGGAAACAAGUCAUCAAAAGGCGGCUGUUGCUAA